AUGUCACCCGUUAUCGAGGGAGAUAACAAUGAAAACAGUAUUCAAAACAGUGCCAUGUUGAUAGCUGGAGUCACGGAGCAUACAAAUACGACUACGUGGGACUCUGUCGGAGAGGAUUCAAUUAAAUUGGUAGCACCGCGACGACUGGGGAUGAAGCGGCCCGGACGUGUCGCCCGCGGCGGCUGCCUGCAUUAUUCAGUGCGGGGGCUGGCGGUGCAUACCUACUCCAAGCAUUCAGGCUGCAGGGUCACUGACCCUGGCAGGGCAAACAAAAACACAGUAGUAGACCAAAAUUGUUGGGAGCCAAGUGACAUGACGCGGUGCAAGCUAAAUGUGCUGGUGGAGUCAUGGACUUCACUCGACCCUGCCGUGGUAGGCGCGUAG